AUGACUUUAUGGAUGGAGACGGUUGUUGAAGAGUGCGAGCCCACUGAUAACCGGCCGGUUCUGGGCCUACCGAUAUCGCCAUUUGGUGCGAGUAAAGUGGGUGGGUAUGAGAAAGAGGUUGAAAGCGUAUAUGAUGGUGGCGAGGGCGAUGCGACGCCGCGAGCCCUGACACCUUCGUCCCCGCAGACACCGCGUCUCAUCUCACCUCGACAACUAUUCCCUCCCCAUGAAUCUCCCGAUGGCCCUUCCUCCGAUCGAAACCCAUCAUUCUCUUCCGCAGACCUGCCAGACUUUCCAGAGCCUCCCACCGCGUCUCCCAAGUUCUAUGCCCGUCGGGCAUCAUGGUCAUCCUCCCUUCCCCCAUCGUCUCCCACCCCAGAGCAUCGAAGUCGAGUCUCCCUAGAUGCUCCACGGCCACUGCUGAUGCCUCCUGCGGUGCUGCGGAGUCCAUCUAUGCAGAGCCGUCUUUUAACAGACGAUGAGCAGACGACCGAGGAGGGCAGCCUUGGAGCGAGUCCGACAGGGUCGCUGGCUACUCGUCGGACCACCCGUUCUGGGUCCCCUCCCAUGACACGCUAUGGCGACUACAUCGCGCCCUCAGCUCCCUCUGCUAGCCUCAACUUUACUUACAUCACCGAUCCACCAAGCAAACGCCACUCGGUUCAGUUUGUCAAUGAAGAUCUACGCUCCGCUCCAGGCGUGAUUGGUCUGGGAGAGGGCUGGUCAGGUGGCCCCCAGCCAUUGAACAGACCCACUGGCUGGUUUGCUAGUAAGCCACAGUCUAGCACUAGCGAUCCCCUGGUAUUAUGGGGCAUGGAGGCCGAAGAGGAGGACGUCCAGUAUUUGGAUAGCCAAAGAAGAUCCGCCGCUUCCCCUCUGACGCAAAUUUGGAAUCGCUCCCUUCGAAGCUUGAUGAUAGCCGAGUCGACUCCGGAUCUGGACGCUACACGAUCACAGACACCGGAUAGGGGAUCUCGCCGGGCUGGUACCGGUAUUUUGAAGAGGAGCUCUUCUCCGAGCAGAGCACUUUCUCCUCGAGUAUCUCCGUUCACCUUGCGUCAACCUUCCUUUACCUCUCAGUCCGAGAUGGAUCUAUCUGCGAGACCACAGUCCACCAAUUCCAGCUCUACCAUCCACUCGUUAUCUCCACAGUCGCGGACCACAAACUUCCCGCCCCCUGCUUCCAUAUCGUCCCCUGCUCGACCUACAAGUGCCCAGGCAUACCAGCUCUCUCAACAGUCCCGAUCAUCUUUCGCAAGGUCGGAAGGCGACCUUCAUCUUCCUCUGCGAGCUAAAAAGGGGGGGCUGCCACCGCCUUGGAGGCCACCAUCUGGUCAUGCGGGAGCUAGAAGGCUGUCGACUUUGAUCGUUGAGGGCGAAGAGGACCGUUCAGCGACGGUGGAGAGAAGGACUUCCCCGUCACUGCUAAGACCCUCUUCCUAUUCCUCUGUGCACAUGUCGCCAUCACGAGCGCUUUCACCGACCUUGCCCACUGCGCCCGAGGAAGACUUCGAUGGGGGGGAUGAGGAGUAUGAGAGACCGCAGCCAGAGAUGCGGAGGGUGGAGUCUCCGUUGGACUUCUACCACGACAACGACGAGCACGAGGAGAGGGGCGAAGAGGCAAAGCCGGGGAAGCGUUCGUCGUUCAUUUCGAAAGUGAAAGCCGUCUUCUCCCUCCGCCGGCCGUCUGCGAUCAAAGAGUCUACGACGAGCACUCCAACUUUAAAGAAGACUACGAAGCGUCCCUUCAGCUCGACAUUUUCGAGAUCCAAACUCAAACUCUCAUCGCCAUCCGUUCCCGCUCUCAGCCAGGCUGCCCAAGAUCCUCCUUAUGAGCGCGCCCGUUCGCCAUGGCAGGCUUUGCAGCCGUCACGUAUCUCAAAGCGAUUCUCGGCCAUGAGCGGUGCUUCUGAGGUGACUGUGAGGCAGCCUUCGAAAAGUGAAACGCCAAAGGCGCAGGAGGAACGAGAGCAUCGCCCUCGGCCAUUGUCUGUUGGUGGAUGGCAUUCUAUCGCCAGAUCCAACUCCAAGUCUCAGACUCGACCUCGUCAAGGUACCACAGCUGCGGCCCCUUCUUCCUCUUUGUCUCCCUUGCCCUCCCAGAUAUCGAACCUCGCCUCCGUUCGUCUUGGGCAUAAUCACAUGGGUCUCGAAGACAGGGUGGUGGACACUCAGAAGCGGGGCACGUACGGCCGACACCUUCACUCCUCUUCAUCAUCCUCCUCUGCAAUGUCGAUGGAUGAUCUGCUCCUUGGUCAACGUAGCGCUCCCAGAUCUGCGUCAAUGCCUCUGGGGCUUGGAAACCGAAACAGUCAGUACCCCUAUGCUCCUCAAAUUAGUGAUGGAUCGGGAAAGGCUGGGAUCGAUGCGAGAAGGCAGCCUUCGAGUAGCGGGAUGACUCCCGAGCAGGAGAGGGCAAGCGUGUCGACAGGGAGUAGCCACAGCCCUGUUUCGUCGCAUGCCCCUGUCACACCAGCCUUUCACGACUCGCUUGAACUAGCUCCACUGGAUGAAAGCUAUGUGAUUUUUGAUAAGGCAGAAGAGGCCGAGGGAGAGAGCGAAGAGGAAAGGAGGAAUGGGAGUCGCUUCUCCACUGCCUCUUACGCUAGCUAUGCGUCUUUGGACAAUGAGGGCGAAGUCCAGCAAGGCCGGGCGGUCAAGGUCAACAACGUGCUGGCUAUGCAGAAACAAGCUAGCGUCGUCUCUUUUGGCGAACUCAUGGACCGCCACUUUGAAAGUUUCGGCGGGGCCAAAGUAUAA